AUGUCUGAAUCAUUCUCUAACAAAGAACUACAAGCAGUCUUCGAGCAUGUUUUCAUGCCGCUUCAGCUUCCCCAAAAGGAUGCCGGGGACGCAGAUAACCAUAAGCACGAUGUCAACUUGUGCGAUUUUAUCUUGAACGCUGCUCAAAGCUAUGGGACCUUCUUAAUAGGCGAACAACUAUUCUUCUGGAAUCCCAUUAUUCGAAUGCUCCGUCACCUACGAAAAUUUACAACGUUCCGCGACAAAGAACGGAUUACCAAUGCAUUGACAAGUAUGGGCUAUGGAGACGUCCGUGCGUUCCACAUCCGCGCCCAUAAUGCCGGUCUCAUCGUCCGCAAAAGGGCUGAAGGGAUGAUCUUCGAAACUUUCGAGGUCUCUCCCCAACCCAAGGCCGUGAUGGCCACUGCUGGCAAACUCAUCUGUACGUAUCCCGGGCCUGCUGUUCAAGUCCCGCUCGACAUCGCUACCAACGGCAAAUUUAUCGAAAACCUCGCCGUAUUCCUCGUCGAAAUGGAUCUUGAUCCUUUAGAUGCGAUGCCGACCACGACGAAGGCUAGAUCCACUGUGGCUGAAGAGCGUGACACCGCCGAUCCGCGGUACAUAUCGCACCUAUUGAUGGGUAUCCUUCGAGGACUCGGUGACGAAGUCCAGGUCCAGCGCAUCACGAAAAGGAUUGGUGACGACGUGCUUUGGAACAACGCCUUCAAACCCUGGCGCAGAUCCCCUUUGUGGCUCGUCAUCCGCGUUGCCACCCAAACUUCGGUCGUUGCACGCGACACGUACAAGGCUUUCAUGAAUUUCUUCCAGUCCCAACUUCUACGCCGUUUCCUGGCUGCCGACUUUCCCGCCGACUCGCUCUCGUUGGCUUUGAAGAAGACAAGCCGGCGUGCCUUCAAACUCGGUUCCGCUACACCCCCGUUCGUCAUGGAUGAUAUGACGGCUACGAGUAAGGCGGUCAACGAUCGUCUCCAGGAAAUAUGGGCAGAGGAACAAGCGAAACAAGCUGGCACGCCGUCCUGGAUGCCGAACCGCAAGGAUUUCGCGGCUGAUAUCGCACUCUCCCUUCCAAACUCCCGCGCGUACCUCACGAAGGUCUUACAAGCAGCACCUGUCUUCGACUCUACCUCUUCCUUCGAACCAUCCGAGCCCUCACGCAUCCAAGACCACACCGACUUCUCUAUUUUUCAGUCCAGUCGAUUACUUCGAGCGAAUCGAGAUGACGGGUACAUCACUCUAGCGGACUUUGAGUCCCUCGUCCACGAGCGUCUGGAGGAGUGGGUCACACAGCGCCUCCACGAUAGCGAUGUCUGCUCUACCCUCGGGUCGUGCUUGGACGAGUACAUCCAAUCAGCGACGACCCUUUAUCGAGACAGUCCCGAAGAUGAGUCCAUCAUGCUCCUCACUAUCAUGGAGUUAUGGGUCGCUCUCGACAAGGCAAUCGUCGCGCAAAUUCCCCUCCUUCGCGAUUAUUCUCCCGAAAUCUCUUCGAACAUCCUCGAACCUCUUCUUCUCCGCCGCUCCCUGCAUAUUGACCGGGCGGCUAUGGUCGAACGGUACCUCCGUGAACGACAUGCUGCUGCGCACUCCUUCCCCUCGAUAUUUUCCAGUCGAUCCUCCCACAACACUUUCGCCGUUCGAUACUACAAUCAAGAUUCCCAAAUGCGCAUCGUCAAGCAACGAAUUGAGGACCAUGCCACAGCUGUCCGCGAUCAGAAGAUUGUAGAGCUCGACGAGCAAAAUGCCACCCAUGCAUCGCUCGUCAGUCAGGCGAGUGAGCGCGAUCACACAUACUCCGAGGACUGGCGUGGGAACAAUAAACACCAAAAGAAGCGGUGCAAGAGGUGUCGUCUGGAGCAGCAGGCAAGAAAUAUGAAGAUUGAGGUCCACGAGUGGCCCUUGCCGACCAAUAGUCACGAUGCGAAAACCGUCGUCUUCGAGAUUCAGUGCCCGCGUCCAUUCUCAAUCUGGAGGGAUCAGACGUACAGGAUCAUUCGUGAUAUCGCCGUGCUCGACGCCAAUAGCAAAUCCGUCGAGCAACACGGGCUGGCUAACAAGGGCUUGUCGAAGUGGUCCAGCAGCCACAGCCUGGGCAGAGUGACGAUUGCGUCCUCCACGAAGUCUUUCACUCAAGCACAUUAUCAUACCGUCAAACUUCCCAGCUGCGAAAGCCAAGUUUGCGUCAAUAACGGUUUGACAUUUCAACUUUACGAUCAAAACAAACAAUCGUGGAUCGAGGCUCCUUUUUCGUCCACUUUCACUCCAUAUUGCGUUUUACAGCUUCCCUCCCCGAGCUCAUAUAACAACCUUCGACACUUCGUCGCAAAGACCACACAUACCUCCAAUGACGUUAUUGCUAGCCAAGCCGACUGCCCGGACGAUCUGAGCGUCCAUGAGUAUAUUUCCUUCGGCACUCUACGUAGCGGCGGCCUGCUUCAAUGGCUGAACAUAGUACGAGAGCUUCGAGCGGGCAUACUCUCUUUCAGCCGCGAGGAAGUCCAAACGCUCAUCGCCCAGGCGAUUUGGGAGCUUGGACCUCUUGAUGACGAUGGCUCCCAGAGAGUAUGGCAUCACGAACUUGAGGAGGCGGCCUUCGGUAUCGUGCUUACCCAGGAGUCCUUGUCUCUGUCAUCGCGCGUCGAGUCCAAUUGGCUUGAGGGUGUCUCUGAGCGAACCAUCAUCUUUCUCAUGAUUCGCCUACUUACUUCCUCUCGAGACGUGUCAGUGCACCAAGCCGCAUAUGCUGUCCUGCGGAAAGCUCGGGAUGUUGUGUACACUUGGAUACGCGAGCUCGUCUCAAAGCUUCAGCGUACAUAUUCUGACGAUGAGGUCCACGAGCUUCAAAUCCGCCUUUGUGAGAUGGCAGCAACAUGCAAGGCGACUUAUGAUGUCGAUCCCCUUCAUAUCGGGUCUCUCUUACAGGAUCCCCAUGAUGUUGCAAUUUUGGUCGAAUGCUCCGCCAUUCUUCAAUCAAACACACCUCCUGAGUCACUCGUCACUCCUCUCCCGCUCCGCAGGCUCCUCAGUCGUGAUCGUCGACUAUCCCACUUCCUGGAGCCUUUCUUACAUGAUGUUAUCCGAUCAAAUAACGCCGGUCUCAACAAGGCGGUCUCUUCAUUAUGGGAGACCUAUCGAUGUGGCGUCUUCGGGUGGCGGAGACUGCCUGGACCAAAUUCACGAUGGCUCACAUCUUCGACGGCUUCGGAUUCCACUCAAAGGUCGCAGGUUGUGCACUUCAACAUGCUAAACGGACUGCUUCUCAUCGAUGGAAAGGCCAUUGAUCGACUCCCUCGCGAUAUUGUCGUGCAUCCUCUCUAUAUCAGGUUAUUUAGCCAGCAGCGUGUCCUAGACAUUGUGCCAUCCGAUAUGCCUGGUAUGGAUUUCACGACUCGAGGGUUAAUAUCCGAUCACAAGGUCUCCUUCGCACUUCGAAACAAAUCGAACACAUCCGGCGGCAUACUCACCAUUCGCGCGCAAUCCCAGGCCGGCGAGAUAUUUGAGCUAAUUCCACACGAAAAGCUGGCUUGUGAUUUCCCGAGGUUCUUCUCCCUGGACUGCGUCCAUUGGAUGAACCUGUCCUCAGGGGACGUCGAAUUUCGAGCUCUCAACCACCCUUGGGAGUCAUCUAUCACGGACUGGAAGCUCCGCUUUUCCAGCUACGGAAGGUCGACUAUGGAAUGCGGCCCAAUGGCCUCGAAACGCUAUAUCGUCGACGUCCAUAGCAAGAGCUUCAAGGAUGUCUUCAGGCGUCUCAGCAAUCUUGAGAACAGCACGUUCGUGACCGUCUCGUAUUCGUCAAGUACGGAUGAUAUAUCAAUCGACCUCCCCCGUUUCCGACUCUCCUUCACGUUCGACCAAGAUGGACACCUACUUUCUCAGAAUAUGCCAGGCAUGAUCAUUGAUGACAACCAGUCGUCGGGCACGAUGAUCGGACUUCGCACGCAACUGCUCCUUAGGGCCAAGGAGGCAACUGCGUCAGACUUACCUCGCUCUCGCUGCGUAAUCGUCCCUCAUGGAGACGUGGUAUGUCGACGCACACAGAAUCAGCAUCACGUUGCCGUCCACAUCCGUCUGUCGGACGAACAACGUCGGAUCGUUUGGCAUGAAUAUCGCAUAGACUCCGACGUUGGCUACCUUGCCAGUAAUGUCAAUCUCACCAGCCGUCUGUUCAAGGUUUAUCUCCACGCGAUCUGCAGUUAUCCACUCCCCGACCCCUUGACGCAACAAACCGGUACUGAGCAAGCCUUGCGAGACCUGUGUUCCGCCGCAUCCUUCUCCUUCCAGCGACUGUCCGAAACAGACGCUCAUCUCCUGAACCUGAUUCGAUCCCUCGCUCCUUCAAGGGGCUUCUACCCAUCUCACCUUCGUGUCAUGCAGACCAUUCACUGGUCUCCCCAUCUUCCUGCUUCGGCUCAGCUCGCUGCUUACGAAGAAAAUGGCAACAACAUCCUGCGCUAUGCACACUCGUUGGAAGAGCUGUUUGCGGGAUCCGAGGCGGGAAAUCAUGUCGAGCCGGACGAUAUCCAGGAGGUCCACAAGGAUCCCUCUCUCUUAGAUCGUGGCGCUCGUCGGGAGCAUAGUUAUGGCCUCGUCGACGGUCCCACGACUCCCGCAGACGUAGUAUACCGGGCUAGAGACAUUCCAGGGGUCGAGGCCGAAUCACCUGCCAAAUAUUCCCAUCUUGUCUCUACCUGGCCGACCAAUGCACUUCGUCGAGACUUCAAGCCUGAUGAGCUCAUGAAUCUUCUCAAGUCUUGGGGAGAAGUUGCAGGCGAAGAUAGCAACCUUUCAUUGACUUUCAGCGGGGACUGGCUCAAGCCAGCGCUGCCUAGUCGGUGGAUCGGUCUCUACAAUCGAUUGCGCACCUCUGGGGCAGACUUCCCGUCGACGAAAUUCAAACUUAUAUUCAGUUUAUCCGCUCUGUCAUACGGUUCUCCACAUCUCCAAAACCUCAUCCCUAUCUUGCUCGCCUUUGCUUGCCUCCCAGAGUUCCGACACUGUUCACCGCCGACGUAUCCCUCAUAUCACCUCUCCGAUGGAUUUCGGCCUACUCGAGACGAAGUUCGAUCCAUCAUUGCGUCUCGGUCGUACGACUUCGAGGCAAGACCGAAUAAUCUCUCUCUCACCCAAGGCACACAUGAAAGCACUCGUAACUUCUACAACCGACGACUCAAUGCGCAUGAAUUGGAGACCCGUUCACGGACAGAUGGUGCAACUACUCGAUUCAUGGACCAAUGGCCGUCGCCCACUGUUCGCUCACCCUUCUAUUCCGACGAUGCUGACUGGUUUCAAACAAGCAAAAUCAUGUCAGAGGUCGGUCGGCUCUUCGAGAGUUGUUCUCGAAAUACCGCUCUACAAGAUCACAUAAAUCACGUCGAGUCCAUUCUUCGCGGACGCGCAAUCCCCUCGCCUCUGUCCAGCAUCAGAUUCUCGUCUACAUAUGAAGCUGUGACCGCAUCGAACGUUCCUUCACGGAUUACAUGGGCAGAUCUUCUCAAGCGGCCCGUAGAGUCGACCUUUAGCGAUCUCGUGAAUAUGGCCUCUUUGGAACCUACGAGUGAAGAUCUACACUGCAGUGUUCGAGCAGAUACUCGGGAGCUUUCUGGCCUUCUAACGGAAUUUCGAUCAGACACACAUAGCAAGCUUCGUCGACUUUAUGGGGAUCAGCUUGACAGGAGUCGGAGAGAUCUCGAAGAACGUGCUUCGUCAACUACGCCUAGUCGCACCUACCAGCUGCAAGAGCUCAUCACUUACCGCGAACUGUGUCAGUCCCGCAUUCAAGAUAUUUCUGACCUCAUGAUUCGCAUACUCUCGCCGACAAGCCAUACCGAGAACCUCCUUUCUUCCGCAGGCCUUUGGCCUCGACUUAAUCGUCGCAGGCUUCUACAACUUUUGGGAGCGGCAUCCGGCAUUCAGACGAGCGUGGGCUCUAAUUGGAGGCGACUCCUGUCCACAUUCGCGCACGCCAUGCUCGAAUAUCAACGCGCUCAACGCCUUGUCGAGUACACUUAUCGAAAGGAGGAAGACAAUUUUUUGAAAGAGCUCGUUACCUGCUGUAUGACGGAGGAACAGAUCCAUGAAUAUCCUCUCGACUGGCUGUUGAUUCAGAUCGACGGAAAUUUUCUCGCUAGACCUGUACAGAUCGCCGUCGCGCGUGAGAUGAUGAAUCCGACUUCACAGCAAAACACGGUCCUCCAGCUGAACAUGGGCGAAGGAAAAUCAUCGGUCAUCGUUCCAUUUAUCUCCGCGUCUCUCGCAGACUCCCGAAAUCUGGUUCGCGUCGUCGUCCUAAAGGCGCUAUCGGGGCAAAUGUUUCAACUGCUCGUGGAACGUCUAUCGGGUCUAACAAAUCGUCGCAUUUUCUAUGUCCCCUUCUCCCGUGGUGUGCGCAUGACAACCGACAACGUGCAGAGUAUCUACCGUCUCUUCCAGGAAUGCGCCAGAGUUCAAGGCGUCCUCGUAUCUCAACCAGAGCAUAUACUUUCCUUGCGUCUAAUGGCUGUCGAGCGGUUGUUGUCGCCCUCCGUCUCUGAUGCUGUCGCCGACGGAUUACAGGGCAUUGAGGCAUGGUUGAAAGCGCAUAGCCGAGACAUUCUUGACGAAAGCGACGAGAUUUUACACGUGAAGUACCAACUAGUCUACACGAAUGGGCACCAGCAAUCCCUAGAGAAUAGCCCGGAUCGUUGGAACACCACACAACAGGUUUUCGACAGAACCAGGCUGCACGCGAGCACGCUGAAGGCCUUGUUUCCCCAUGAACUCGAGUUUUCUGCCGGUUCCGCGGAAAGCUUUCCAACCCUUAGGAUCACGGGGGAACAGGCUGGUCAGAAACUCGUGUCUCUUCUGGCCGACGACAUUCUCGCUGGCCGUCUGGAAACCCUCAACCUCGUCGCGUUCAAUGGUGACUCUAGGCUUUCCGCGGCAGCCCGAGAAUUUAUUCUCAGUGUCAACGUUGCCAAAGCUUCGUAUGAUCUUGUUCAGUCCACGUGUGGCAACACUGGCUCGUGGUCGACUCUGCUCCUUCUUCGAGGCCUCCUCUCCAACGGUAUUUUGCUCUAUACCCUUGGUCAACGACGCUGGCGUGUAGACUACGGGCUCGAUCCAUCCCGGUCGAUGUUGGCCGUCCCAUAUCGGGCAAAGGAUGUGCCGACUUUACGUGCCGAGUUCGGGCAUCCCGAGGUCGCAAUCUGCCUGACUUGUCUGAGCUACUAUUACGGUGGACUAUCAGAGGAACAUAUUCGGGAGUGUUUCCAUCUACUCUUCAAGCUCGACAAUCCCCAGGUAGAAUACGAAGGAUGGGUUAGACGGAGUAAAGACACAGUUCCCGACGUACUUCGGCAGAUUACCGGUGUCAACACUCAAGAUGCGCAUCAAUUUUCGGAGAAUGUUGUUCCUCUUUUCUCGAGGAACCAAGCCGUGAUAGAUUUUUUUUUGAGCAGAGUUGUUUUCCCCAAACAUGCGAAGGAAUUCCCGGAGAAACUGUCCACAUCCGCCUGGGAUCUCGCAGAAAUAAAAUCCAAUGUGACGACCGGAUUCAGCGGUACCAAUGAUAACAGUCUGCUCUUGCCGACCUCCAUUACGCAACAUGACCCCCUUGACCAGCUGCGCACCAACGCCCAAGUACUUAUGUACCUAUUGCAGCCCGAGAACAGCCGCUAUCGAUGCACUUCCAAUCAUGGCCAGUCCCGUUCGGCUGGGGACGACGUGCUUGCUGGAGUGUAUUUUGACGAGUCUGAUCGCAUCACUGUCCUGACACAAGACGGAACGAAGGAGUCACUGAUGUCGUCACCGUUCCGACAACAGUUGGGCAAAUGUAUCAUCUACCUGGACGAUGCUCAUACGAGAGGUACAGACCUUAGGCUACCCGUCCACUUCCGGGCUGCUGUAACCUUAGGACCCAAGGUUACGAAGGAUCGACUCGUGCAAGGAUGCAUGCGCAUGAGAAAGCUGGGAGUCGGCCAGUCGGUGAUGUUUUGCGCUCCGCUUGAAGUUGACAGGCGAAUCCGUGAGGCGGGGAGCCUGGGUCCUAGCGCAGACAUCAAGGUGCUCGAUGUUCUGCGCUGGUCGAUGUCGGAGAGCUGCUCCGAGAUUUUGCACAACGUGCCACAUUGGGCGGCGCAGGGCAUGAACUACGAGAAACGCACGGUCUCAGAACUCUCCGACUCAUCGACCCGGCGCAGCACCCUCAAGCAAACGCUCCGAGCUGCCUGGCUCCAGCCCGAGGCGCGCACACUGGAACAGCUAUAUGGACUAUCUGAGCGUAGUGCUGGCCUUAGACACCCCGCGUAUGAUGUACCAGCUCUCCGCGAACGUUUCGAACUCCUCGGUGUAUCGUCUGUCUUGGAUGCUCGUAUUGAGGAGGAGCAAGAGCGGGAGGUCUCCCAAGAGGUCGAGCAGGAGCGUCAAGUAGAAAGGCCGCCUAAGACACAACCUGCGAGACAUUCGCUGCAGGAGGCAGUCCGUCGAUUUGUCAUCGACGGCUCUGUACCAGCAGGUACUCAUCACUUUAUUCCUCUUAUGCAGCCGCUUCGUUCUACCACGGCUACUCUUCGACCUGCCAUUCCAUGGUCAAGUAACCUCCUCGCCACUCAAGACUUCGCAACUACCACUUCUACGCAUUUGGAACGUUCUCGGCUCACAGAAUACCUCCGACCGGUCAAUUGGGUGGUAUCUGCUAUGCAGAAAGAUGGAACACUGCUACUAGUAGCCAUGAGCCCUUACGAGGUCAAUCUUCUCCUCCCGCAUAUUCGUGCAAGCAAGGCCGUGCAUCUCCAUCUAUAUGCACCCCGCGUAACUCUAUCCAUGGAACCCAUCGACAAUCUCAGUUUCUACUGUGUUCCUCUACCCACGGACCAACCAUUAGCUCCCCCAUCCCUUGACCUGAGGUGUCAGCUCAACGUCUGGGCUGGGCAGCUUUAUUUGGACGAGUACGCGACUUACAUCCGCUUAUGUCUUCUCCUUGGGGUCUCUCAUGGCGAGGCAUCAUCGAUGCCAAUGGAGAAUGACCGUUUUGUGUGUCCACAGCAUCGGAAUGACGAGAUGCGCCAGAUCUGCUUAUUCGAGGAGAGUCCUGUGGCACUGCUGAAGGAAUUGUUUGGGCUGAGAAGGAAGGGCAUGAGCUAUGCGCGAACGGACCUGGGGAAGUUGUUGCAAGGACGUUUGUUGUUUACGGAGGACUUUGAAUCUCGAUGAUCGUAUAUGCUUCCCGCCUACCUUUUCGUAUGCUAUCUUCGCUAUGCCUGUCGCUCCUCCUCGUAAUAUCUUCCGUUGCAGUCUCAAUUCGUUUGUACCCUUCUCGGUAUGAAGUCUCGUGUUACGUAACUGUACUGUACAUAUCUG